CAUAGUUGCAAUCUAUCGACUACUUCACUGCAAGAAGCCCUCAGGCAAAACUGUGCGAUUUCUAUGAUUUAACAUUAGGGGAUUUCGCUGUCUUUAGAUGUUUGUGAAAAACAAAUCGUAGAUCAUUGAACUUCACAAAACCAAUGAUGUGGGUCAGUGUUUGUGUAUUAAUGAUUUCUUGAAUUAAAUUUUACCAUUCUUUUUGUUUCCUAUACUUUAAAUAUUUUUAGGGCUCUUUCAUUGGUGACAAUUUUUGCUGGCUGAUGUUUUAGUGCAUAUCUGAGAUCUGAGAAAAAAUUUUAAUGAAACCAGACAACAAAAAUAAAGAUGGCUAUUCUGAGCUGGACAAUGAGAUCAAAAUUGAGAGUGAAACAAAAAAUUCUUCAUCAUUACACAUUAUUUUCAUAGUUUUAGUUAUUGAUCUCUUGGGUUUCACUGUAAUUCUUCCUUUAUUGCCUUCUAUUUUCGACUACUAUGCUGCAAAUAAACAAGAUUAUCUAUAUCAUUGGAUGGAGGAAAAAGUACAAUAUGUUCAAAAUAUGUUGGGAUCUCCAACUUCCUUCAAUAAAGUCUUAUUUGCAGGCCUUCUAGGCUCAGCAUUUUCUGGACUUCAGUUUCUUGUUGCACCAAUAUUUGGAUCACUUUCAGAUGUAUAUGGACGUAAACCAAUCAUCAUUUUAUCAAUGAUUGGUGUUGGAAUUUCACACGCUGUUUGGUGCGUUUCAAAUAGUUUUUAUAUAUUUAUUAUUGCAAGAAUAAUUGGAGGCUUAAGCCGGGCAAAUAUUUCGCUUUCCACGGCUAUUGUCACUGAUGUUUGUUCAAAGCAAAAACGAGGCAGAGGAAUGGCUUUAAUUGGAAUUGCUUUUGCAAUUGGAUUUAUCAUUGGCCCUAUGAUAGGAGCUGUAUUUGCAACAAGGGCUGUCCAAUCCAAACAAGUGUUUUUCGUAGCUCCUGCUGUUUUUGCCCUGGUCAUGACUGUUAUUGAUAUUGUUAUUCUUAUAUUCAAGUUUAAAGAAUCUCUGCCAAUAGAGAAGAGAGCUUCUUCAGUAGGUCAUAGUUUAUCAGAAGCUUAUCGAUUCAUUUACCCACCUUCUUUGUUUUUGUUUAGUCCAGUUGUUGACAUUAAAAAAGAAGAAAAAAGUGCUUUAAAACAAAUAGGAUUAAUUUACUUUUUAUUCCUAUUCAUCUACUCUGGUUUGGAAUACUCAUUGAGUUUCUUAACGCAUAUGCGCUUCAAUUUCACAAGCAUGCAGCAAGGGAAGAUGUUUUUAUUUAGCGGCCUAAUAAUGAUAGUUAUUCAAGGAGGCUAUGUGAGGAGAAUACCUCAUGGAAAAGAAACCAGAGCUGCUGCUAUUGGUUGCCUUUUAGUCAUUCCUUCUUUUAUUAUUAUUGGAAAUGCUAAGAGUGUUGAAGUACUUUAUUUUGGACUAGCAUUGUAUGCAUAUGCAUCAGCAACUGUUGUUCCGUGUCUCACCACUAUUGCAUCCAAGUUUGGCUCUUCGAAGCAGAAAGGCAUUGUACUUGGUAUAUUUCGGUCACUGGGAUCUUUGGCAAGAGCUUUUGGUCCCAUUGUUUCUGCUAUUGCAUAUUGGAGUUUUUCGCCUGAAGUGUCCUACACAAUUGGUGGUGUACUACUUGUUGUUCCUUUAAUUUUAAUCAUGAAAUUCAGAUAUGAAUUACCACAAAAAGAAGAAUGACUAUCUGAAUUGGAGAUAUGCAUCAAAUAAGAGAGAUCUGAUUACAAUGAAUCUUGGCACAAUAUUUAUAAAAUUAUUUUUUUAUACAAUUUAUACUUAAAAGGUUGUUGCUUACUUUUUUUUUUGAAAAUUUAUGAGCUUGGUUUUGGAAAAUAAAUAUUAUAUUUAAUU